AUGGCCUCAAGCACCCAGCACCAUCAACCCAUCUUGUUCCCAGACAUCCUCAGCUCGCUCCGGAAAGCGGGCUGCAGCCUCGAGAAAUGCACCGCGAAUCUCAGCUUUUGCAGCCACACCCUGGACGUGCACACGCGCGACAUCCCGCGGAUCAGCCGGGCGGUCAAGAACUCCCAGUUCUUCGAGCUCGUCUCGGUCUCUGAGAUACGCGCCGCCCAGUUCCAGUUGACGAGCGAGCUGGAGCCGCAGAUCAAGCAGCUCGUCAAGCUGACCGAGGACGGCUUGGUGAAGCUGCAGAAACGCGAGCAGAUGCUCAGGGUCAAUAUAUCGAAGCGGAAACGGCUGCUGGAGCAGCAGGAAAACGUGCUGCAGAAACUCCGGGCCCAGAAGAAUGCCCUCGUGAAGGAACUCGAGAAGUUGGAUCUCGAAUUGGCCAGGAAGUCGGGCCGGCUAUGA